AUGAACAAAGGGAAAUAAAAAGAAGAGAGAAAUUAACUCUAUGGAAGUGAAAUAAUGAAAAUUAUAUAAUAUAUUUAUUUUUAAAAUGGUAAUGAAUAUCACAAUUAAUCAUGGUAGGGAGUCGACGCAUAUAAAAAGACAAGAGUAUAAAGAAAUGUAGGAAGAAAAGUAACAUCAACUAACCUCUAUUUGAAAUUAUUGAUAAAGUUAUAUAAAUUCUUAGCCAGAAGAACAGAUUCCAAUUUCAAUGCAACAGUUUUAAGAAGACUUUAAUAAACCAGAACUGCUAGAUAUCCAAUUAGUGUAAGCAGACUUGUCAAAUAAAUUAAUACUGCUAAAGAUAAGUCAAGAACAUUAGUUGUUGUUGGCACUGUUACAGAUGACGUACGACUUCUUACUGUCCCUAAACUUAACAUUUGUGCACUUAGAUUCACUGAAACAGCCAGAAAGAGAAUUCUUGCAGCUGGUGGAAAAACAUUGACAUUCGAUCAAUUAGCACAAUAAAAUCCAACAGGCACAGGAACAAUAUUAUUGAGAGGACCAAGAGUGAGAGAAGAAUUAAAACAUUUCGGCAGAGCAGCAGGUCUACCAGGAUCUCAUGCUAAGCCAUAUGUUAGCCACACUGCAAGAAGAGGAAAGGGUGCAAGAUGAUUGUUUAAAGUACAUUAAUAAAUAAAAAUUAUAAAAUAUUUGUCCAGGUUGA